CGCAACAUGGCAGCGCCCACACCGCAGCGGUCAGAGUCUUGAACCCACUCCGCUGCUGGGUAACUCCCGCGUGCUGCGCCGUGCCUGACGAACUCCGGAGUGCCGCCCCCGGCUGUGGCCAGCUCGGGGCGCCACUCCCGCCGAACGUCUCGAAGUCAGACGCCCCAGCGUCGCGGCGAUGUGACUGAGCUGGGUGGAGUGCUUCAGAGGCGAGCUCAGUCGGUGGUACGGCGGAGAGCGAGGAGUCGCGAAGAUGGCCGCCUUUGUUGCGAAACAGAUGGUUGGCAGUCAGCUGAAGGCCGUCAAAGUGUUGAGAAGGAUGCAGUGACGCGCCCGAACUUUCUAUCUGUUCUUUCUCUACAAAGCGCUCUCGCGUCACUGUCCUUUCAUCGUCUGUCGCUCUCCGAACCCCUGGUCUACAAAACGUUUGCACGUGGAGCCAUCUCUUGACCGCCUGGACUGACUUGGCUGCUACUUUCUUCCGGCCAACACCCAUCCACAAAAAGCAACAUGUUCGGAAUGCUGAAUCCCAUGAGCGCCGUCACCAGUCAGCUGCCCGGAGCCGGCGGCGGCGAUGACGGCGGCGACAAAGAGAAGGAGGAAGAGGCAGAGAGAGAGCGCCAGGAGGCCAUCGCCGAGGCAGAGGAACGGAGGAAGGAGAAGCAUCGCAAGAUGGAAGAGGAGCGGGAAAAUCUGCGGCAAGGCAUCAGAGAUAAGUAUAACAUAAAGAAGAAGGUGGUGGAGGAGGCGGCCAUGCCUAUGGAGCCAGACAACCCGCUCAUGCGAAAGAAGAAGACACCCGAGGAGUUGGCGCGCGAGGCGGAGCUAGCCGACCAGGACGAAUUCACUAAGCUUAAAAAUUCAUUGGAAACGCAAGUGAACGAAAUUAAACAGCAGAUCGAAGAAAAAAUGAGGUCAAUUCAUGGAAAAUGUGUCUUGCAAUGAUUCUGCGCGGUCGAUCCGACAGCGGGGUCUAUGCAAGCGCGCCGGUGACCUGAGGUCGAGCGGCGCGCGAGCCCGGCCG